UUCUUUGCUAACGAAGCCUGGAAUAGGUGGUCCUCUCAGCGCUGCUGGCCAAUCCCCUUAAGCGGUGUGUUGAGGAGGUUUUUGUUUUGGAGCUGGAGCGGCUCUGGCAAGCAGCUCGGGACUGACCCACUUUAGUGAAGUGUGGAGAGUGGAUGGGGUUUCUGCGAGCCGCCGGAGCGCCGCGGAGAACCGGGAACGAUGAAGGCAGGAUUAGCGCCGCUUUUACUUACAUGUUGCCUGAUUUGUGUCCGGGCGAAGUCGCCGUCGCCCGUCUCCUGUCCCAGCGGUCAGUUCGCGUUAAAAGGCCAGUGCGUGCUGUGUCAUCCCACCUGCGCGGAGUGUGAGGGUCACGAGCUGUUUCAGUGCACGGCCUGUGGAGUAGAUGAUGAUGGGCGGGAGCGUUUCCUCUUCCAGGGCCACUGUAGAGCCCACUGCCCAAGGGAAUUUUACCCAGAUCGAGUGCAGUACACCUGCCGACCCUGCAUACACAACUGCGAGAUCUGUGCAGACGGCCGUGUCUGUGCCAAGUGCAGGGAAGGAUAUAAGCUCCAGAGUGGACUCUGUCUGACUGAGCUGUGUGGAUCAGGCCGGGUUCAGGAUCCAGACUCAGGAGAGUGCAUUGACUGUGAGGCUGGGUGCAAGACCUGCUCUGCUGAUGACCCGGAAUACUGUACCAGCUGUGCGGACGGCUACUUCCUCUACAGGCAUCAGUGUCGCCGACACUGCCCCCAGAGGAGCUAUGAGGAGCGCGGCAGGGGCCUAUGUAUGAGCUGCCCAGAUCCAUGCUCAGACUGCAGGAGUGAAACGCUCUGCCUGGCCUGCCAGCCUGGCCACUUCCUCCACAAUGGUGCCUGUGUGAAAGAGUGUCCACAGGACACAUUCGGAGAUGCCAGAGGGUGGCGCUGUCAGCCUUGUCACUCUUCUUGUCUAACCUGCCACGGCCCAGGAGUGAGAGACUGUGACAGAUGCAGUGGCUGGAAUCGCCCCAUAUAUGGAAAGUGCCCCAUCAUCAAUUGCCCUGAAGGCCAGUACUUUGACAGUGUGACUCGAGACUGCCGUUACUGUGAUGUGUCCUGCAAGGCAUGCUAUGGUCCAAAAACACAGAACUGCUACAGCUGUGCUCCUGGCUACAUGUUGGAGCAGCAGGAUGCAAUCUGUGUACAGAGCUGUCCAUUAGGGUUCUAUGGAAACAGCUCCAGUCAGCUAUGUGAGAGGUGCUCAGAUAACUGUGAGGUGUGUGAGAGUGGAGAUCAGUGCGUGAGCUGUAAGACUGGCAGCUAUCAGCUCUUUCUCUUCCAAGGCAACUGCUGGUCAGAAUGCCCAGAUGGUUAUUUUGAGACAGAGGAGGCAACAUGCGAGCCCUGUGAUGACCUCUGCUUGACUUGUGAUGGGAGCAGGUCACAGUGCUUGGCAUGUGCAGAAGGUCUCUAUUUGGAAAAUGGAAUCUGUAGACGCAACUGCUCCCUCAGGAGCUACGCUGCUGAUGAUGGAACCUGCCGACGCUGUGGCCCUCACUGUGACGUCUGUACAGAUAACAACACAUGCUCCAAGUGUAGUUUUCUCUACCUCCUCUUGAACGGCAAGUGUAAAGCCAGCUGUCCAGAGGGUUACUUUGAGGACUUGGACCAGGGCCUGUGCGUCAACUGCCAUGUAUCAUGUGCCACAUGCUCUGGCCCUCUCCCAGAUGACUGUGAGACCUGCUCUUCUCUUGCCCCCAAGCUGUAUGAGGGCAGAUGCUCAGAUGACUGCCCUGCAGGCACCUAUUACCAGACCUCCAGCAUGGAAUGUCAGGAAUGUCACCAGACAUGUGCUCGGUGUGUGGGACCGGAGCCCACCCAGUGCUCACAGUGUGAGAAGGGCUUGGUGCUGGACCCCAACACCAUGAUGUGUGGUGUGACUGGGGACUCAGACUGCCCACCCAGAACCUUUCUCCGUGACAACCAGUUCACGUGCCAGGCAUGCCAUCGCCAUUGCCAGUCAUGUGAAGGUCCGGGACCUACAGACUGCCAGACAUGUGCCCUACCCCGAUACCUCCACAAUAGCUCCUGUGUAACAGAGUGUCCAGAUGGAACGUACAGUGCUCAUGAGGAAGCUGAUGGACUUGAGCUGGGUUUCUGUAUGCCUUGUGAUCAUGUGUGUGCCACUUGCUCUGGUGCUUCUCAUAAAGACUGCUUUAGCUGCUCUACGGGCUACCUGCACCUACUCUCUCAUCUCUGCGUCACCCAUUGUCCUACAGGGUACUACCGAGCAGGGCAGCGCUGUGAGAAGUGUGAUGAAUCGUGCGAGCUGUGCUCAGGACCGGGGCCAGAAGCCUGCAGGGUGUGUGUUCCUCCCCUUCUGGACCUGCAGGGCACCAGACUGUGUGUGGAGCGCUGCCCACAGCGCUUCUACCAGAACGGAGACAGCUGUAGGCAAUGUCACACCAGCUGUCAGACCUGUACAGAUAACACACCUCAGAGCUGUGUGACGUGUGACUGGGGCAGUGUCCUGCAGGCCGGGGUGUGUUACCCUUACUGUGAAGAAAGCCAUUUCUUCUCAGAGAAUGAGGUUUGUGAGCCCUGUGAUGAAUCCUGUAAGCACUGCUCCGGUGCUGGGCCUGAGCGAUGCCUGACCUGCCACGCAGGUUUCGGUCUUCAUGCUGUGGAAAGCCGCUGUGUGUCCUGCUGUCGGCCUGAGGAGAUGGCCAGAAACUGCUGCCUCUGUGACUCUGCUACAGCUCUGUGCUUGGAGGCUCCCAUGCCAGCAGAAAGCCAGACUGAGAGUGACGAGGUGAAUCUGAAGUCUCAGAUGUUUCACCAUUCUUCUGCAGCCGUGCCCGCGUCUGUCUGUCUGGCUGUAGUUUUGGCACUGGCUGUUUUUGCCCUGGUGCGAGCCCGUGCCAGGAAGAGGCUGUGCUGGAGGCGGAGCUAUGAGAGACUGAGUGGGGCUGCCAGGCCUGACCCCCGGCCCAUGCCUCACGGUGUGCCCGAGCCAGACGACAGCGGGGACGAGGCGGACGUGGUGUACACCUGCCGAGACGGAUCCAUCUACCGCCGCUGCAGCUUCAAUUACAAGGCCGACACUGAGGAAGAGGAGGUGGAAGAAGAGGAGGAGGCUAACGAGAACACACACCUUAGCAGAGCCUAGUGGGAGUUUACACAUCUUGCUGCUACUAAAGAAAACACACUGAAUUAAAAAACUGACACUUAAAAAAAAACACUUUGAAAACACACACAAGCCAUACUGUGUGUUUUAUUGCUUUAUUAUCUUCUCAAUUCUUUUGUAUUCAGUGAAAUUAAUGUUUUUAGAAUAUUGUUUUUGAUACUUUUUCAGAUACUUUUUAUUGAAAUAUAUAUUGUGCUGUAUGUAUAAGUAACACAUAUGAUAUAGCUUUUUAUGUUUGAGAAUAGCAAUAUAUUGUCAGUUAAAACUGACUGUAGACUGUAAUAUUAACAUUACAUUUUGUAUAUAUUAUGUAAGUCAUUUUUAACGUUGUAAAAAAUCAAAGAAUCCUUUGAGAAUACCGUUUUUAAGAAAUGUAUUAAAACAGCAAAUUGUGUCAAA